AUGCCUCCAGAAUGUGGCGAAAAGAUUACUUUGCAAAUCACGAAUCUCUUGUCUGUGACUGUGUUCCUCGGAAUGGUCUCCGAAAUCACUCCACCCACUUCAGAAUCGAUCCCCAUAAUUGCGGUAUUCUUCUCACUUUCAAUGCUGCUGUUGGGCUGCUCUAUAAUAGCGACCUUGGUCAUCAUCAAUGUGCAUUUCCGAUCUCCAAGGACCCAUCAAAUGGGAAAAUGGAUACAGCUCAUAUUUCUGGAGUGGUUACCGUGGUUUCUUCUGAUGUCACGUCCUGGGAAGAAAUUCAGGAGACGAGAGUUGCCGAAGUGUUCGUCCAAUAGUGGAGAUGAGGUGAGUGGGAGCUAG